CAGUACAGCUCUACUAUAGACACAAGAGAAGGAUAUGGGAUUGCUGUCGAGUGCAACGUUUGCCGUCAUCGUUCUUGUUUUCCUCAUCCAAUGUUUUGCUCAAAACCAUGCCGUAUCCAGCAGCAGCAACUUUCAAAUUGAACAAUGCUUGAGAAACACCAAUUUGUCUUCAGUAGCGGACACAGAUGGGCGAAGGCAAAAGCAGAAAUAUUUAAGUCAAAACAAAAAGGAAAAUGACGUCAUCAAAAAUAUGGGAAUUUUUGCCGAAUACUCUUACGUCCACUCCUGCAACAGAUUCGACUUGAUGUACUACAAGAACGUUAUGUUUUCGUCAAUGUUUUGUCAAUCGAUUUCAGACACAACAAUAUCAGUGGAAGGUCAACAUUCAAUUUGGUCUCCACGUCAGAGUUUUGAUACUUCCCAGUGCGAUUCAAAGUUUCCUCUCGGUACAUGUGGAUCAUUGAAAUGGACUAAUGAACAAGGAUUGCAAAAUUUGCAGCUGUGCAUUACUGAUUGGGCUACAGAAGGAAAGAUUAACAUUCCUUACUGUGGACCUCCCAAUCAGGUUUGCGUAAUAGUUGGAGUAAAGAGAACAAAGGCAGGCAAGCCACUGCGAUGCACUGUAAAGUCUUACUCUACAAUCAAACCUCCGAGGAGAAAAAACUUGCCGUGGAGGACAUGGGUAAUGGAAGUAGGAGAAGGAUGUGAAUGCAAAGCGGCUUGUUAUAAUGCUGACAAACUGGAGUACACAGUGAUCAAUCCAGAAUUCAGGGGGGAAAGCAGUGCUCCUAUGUGCUUUCCGGGAGAAAUGGAAUUCACGGCAGCUGAGAGCGCAUGUAGAUUUGGUAAUGACAGCGGUGAAUGGCAAAUUGAAGGCGACUGCACAGGACGUUGCUACAGCAAGAGAUUAAACAACAUGAAAGGUCUCCAAAUAGUUCAUCAAGAAGGACGACUGUUGAACGAACAUGAAGUGUGCUUUCUCAGCUACGUCGAACAGGAACAUCAAGAAUCAGCCGAAUGUCAGAUAGAGAACAUAAAUGGGUUGUGGUAUUUCCACUAUGACGGUUUCAAAUGUCAAGCCUUGUGCAACUGCGAUCCGGAUAUCUUUCCAUGGCAAUGCAAGUCUCUAGACUAAUCGACUCAAUUUAGCCAACAACAAUGUGUUCUGCAGACAGGUGCAUGCAAGGCAUGUCUUAUGAUUUAAAUGCUGUUGUGCGAGGCGAAGAAUUCAGUAGCAAAUCAAUUGCAUCUCAAAUUUCUGCAUA